UCCACAUGAUCCUCAUUCAGGAAGUUGUCUCUGGGAAGGCUGUGUGUUGACAGCGGAGAGUCCACUCACAGCAGAACAACAACUAUUCUGGGUCAAUUAUUAACUAAUACUAUCCACUCAAUAGCUAUCUAAUUAUAUUCAGAAAAGGAAACCAUGGAGGUCGACUCAGUCUUCUACACGAAUCACAGUGGACGAGUCAAUGGUAACCCGCUGUUGGACCAGCUCCCCAGCUACCAGUCCCUGCUGUACCGCAGGAAGUCGUCGACUGUCGGCUCCAAGCGAAGAGGCAGCUCCCGAGCGCGACUCGUCUCCUCUGGCAGUGGGAAAUGGGGCGUGAGCACAUUCAGAAGGAACGAGGAGAAACAGAAGAGUCAGACGGCUCAGAGACCCAUCAGGGAACUACCCAGGACCAUGGCUGAGAAACGCAGGGACAUAACACAGCGCUUGGAGGAGAAUCGAGAGCUCAGCAGUUUUAUACAGUUGAGGCUGAGCACCCGCAGGUAUCUGAGGAGGCUGAGGGACGACGCCCGUGAAUGGCUGAGCUCCCUGAAGCUCUGGAGGGGAGACAUCCACCUCAUAGAGGGGAUGUUCGGCACAGGUAUCCUGUCCUACUUCUCCUUCCUGCGCUUCCUGGUCACGCUCAACCUGGUCAUCUUUGUGCUCAUGUUCAGCUUCGUCAUGUUGCCCAUCAUCAUAGCUCCCAACGCUGCAGGAAAUAUCACCUACAACCAGAAUGACAGAAAUGUGUGCAGUUUUUAUCCAAGCAGCACCCGGCGAGGUCUGGUCAUCUUUCAUGAGCACAUCACAGAUCUGCUGUCUGGUGGAGGCUUUCUGGAACAGACCUAUCUUUUCUACGGCUACUACAAAGUGGACAAAGUACACUUCCCAAAGGCCACUUACAAUCUGCCACUGGCUUACCUGCUGGUCACUAUAGCCUACCUGUUCCUCAGUCUCAUCUGGAUAGUUAAAAGGUCUGCCACGGGGUUCAAACGUAACCUGGUUCAGGAUGAGGAUCGCUUUCAGAGCUUUUGCAACAAGAUUUUUGCCGGCUGGGACUUCUGCAUCACCAACGAGAACGCAGUGAGGCUGAAGAGAAGCAGUUUGCUCUACGAGCUCAGGACGGAUUUGGAAGAAGAGAGGAUCAAACAGAAAAUAGCAGAUCGCACCCGUAAGGAGAGAUGUCGGAUUUACCUCAUCCGCCUCAUUCUCAACCUCUUUGUCAUCGCCGUACUGGCUAGUUGCUUCUACAGCAUUUAUGUAGCCACCAGCUUCUCCCAGAAAGUACAGAUGGAUAAGAUAAAGGAGAAUUUCAUUAUGGAUCUCAUCUACGAGUAUCUACCCUCAAUUGUCAUCACCUUGGCCAACUUCAUCACCCCCCUCCUCUUCUCCGUUAUCAUCAAUUAUGAGGACUACUCGCCUGCGUUCGAGAUCCGCUUCACACUGAUGAGGUGUGUCUUCAUGCGGUUGACCAGUAUUGGGGUUUUGCUCUUCUCUCUCUGGUCUCAGAUCACUAAAUGUGAAAUUGAGCCCUGCAUCUGUGGCUAUAACCAUAAGCUUUACUCUUGUUGGGAGACCCGUGUGGGCCAGGAGAUGUACAAACUCACCAUCUUUGACUUCAUCAUCAUUGUCGCAGUCACCAUCUUUGUGGAGUUUCCCAGAAAGCUGAUAGUGAAUUACUGUGACUGUGGCCUGGCUAAGUGGUGGGGCCAGCAGGAGUUUGCAAUUCCUCAGAAUGUGCUAGAGAUCGUCUACGGUCAGACCAUCUGCUGGAUCGGAACCUUCUACAGCCCCAUUCUGCCGGCCAUCUGCACUAUUAAAUACUUCUUCAUCUUCUAUAUCAAAAAGGUCUCAUUGAUAUCAAACUGCCGUCCGGCCACACGUCCAUUCCGAGCUUCCAGCUCCAACUUCUUCUUCCUGGUUGUGCUGCUGAUUGGCCUGGCUCUGGCCUGUGUGCCCGUCACUAUUAGUGUGGCCCAAAUCAACGCUUCCCAGGCCUGUGGACCGUUUGUUAAUUACAACACUUCCUGGGAGGUGCUGCCAGCUACAGUAGCUGAGCUGCCUCAUGAAAUCAAAACACUCCUCUUCGCUCUCUCAUCAGAGGCCUUCGCUGUCUCCUUCUUCGUGGUCACCUGUUUGGCCAUGUUUUAUGUGAUCGCACUAGCCGGAGCGCACAAGAGAGUUAUUAACCAACUACGGGACCAGCUAGUCAUGGAGGGCCGUGACAAACGUUUCUUGAUCCAAAAGCUGUGCCAGGCCCAGAGGCUCUCAGCGAUCAAAUCCCCUGUGUCCAAGUCCCAGCCCCGCAAGAGCAGCAGAAGCAGCCCCAGCUAUCACACCAGCUUCUCCAACAAUUUCGAUGAAGGUGUGUUACUGGCACACUCACCUCCCCACUCCUCCACACAUCGGCUCAGCUGCUACGGAACCGGAGACAGCGUGCUGUUGCUCGGCUCAUCGAGAGAUCAGUCAGCUAAGAUGUUGAGAAUUACGAUCCGGGCUGACGUGGGAGCCCUGUGGGUGUUGUUCUGCAUCACGUACUCCCAGCUCCUGGCCGUGUCCUCCGAGGACAUCGUGGUGGCGUGCGGGGGGUUCGUGAAGUCCGACGUGGAGAUCAACUACUCCCUGAUCGAGAUCAAGCUGUACACCAAACAAGGUUCCUUGAAAUACCAAACUGAUUGUGCUCCAAUCAAUGGCUACUUCAUGAUCCCUCUCUAUGAUAAGGGAGACUUUGUUUUGAAGAUUGAGCCGCCUCUCGGGUGGAGCUUUGAGCCGACCAGUGUUGACCUCCACGUGGAUGGAGUGAGUGACAUCUGUACCAAAGAAGAAGACAUCAACUUUGUUUUCACCGGCUUUUCCGUCUCAGGAACGGUUCUGAGUAAGGGCCAUCUCCUGGGCCCGGCUGGUGUAGAAGUCAGACUCACCCGAGCGGGAACAGAGGAGAGACUUCAGAGUGUCGUCACACAGCCCGGAGGAAAGUAUACCUUUUUAAAAGUACUCCCUGGAAAUUAUGACAUCACAGCUGCCCAUCCCUCCUGGACACUCGAGCAGAGCACCACCUCAGUGCUCGUCUCCAACGCCAAUGCCCCGGCCGUCGACCAUCUGGUAGUUGGAGGCUACGAUGUCUCGGGGGAGGUCCGCAGUGAUGGAGAGCCCAUGAAAGAGGUCACCUUCCUGCUGUACUCAGCUGCAGUCAAGAAAGAGGACGUCGGUGGCUGUAACACAUCUCCAGUGGAGGGGGCAGAUUCUGGGGACAGCGCCCUGGUCUACCUGUGCAGCGCUCUAUCCAGGGAAGAUGGGACCUUCGUCUUCCCCUCACUGGCCAGCGGCGAGUACACCGUGGUGCCCUUCUACCGGGGAGAAAGGAUCACAUUCGAUGUCGCUCCUUCCAGGAUGAAUUUCAAGGUGGAACACAACAGUUUGAAACUGGAGCCCAUCUUCCGUGUCAUGGGCUUCUCUGUGACGGGCCGAGUUCUCAACAGUGUCGAAGGAGAAGGCGUCCCUGAUGCCACAGUGUCCAUCAACAAUCACAUCAAAGUCAUCAGCAAGGAGGAUGGUUCUUUCAGGUUGGAGAACAUGACGGCUGGUACGUACACCAUCCGUGUCAGCAAGGAGCUCAUGCUCUUUGAGCCAAUCACAGUGAAGAUCGCCCCCAACACACCCCAACUUCCUGACAUCAUCACAGCCGGGUUCAGUGUGUGCGGCCAGAUCUCCAUCAGCCUCUUGCCUGAGGGCAUGAAGCAGCAGGGCCGCUACAAAGUCUCUCUGACACACCAGGACCAAGACAAGGCCUCCAGCAGGACCAUCGACUCCGAUCCUCAGGGGGCCUUCUGCUUUCAGGCCAAACCUGGAGACUACAGUGUCCAUGUAUCGCUCCCAGAGCCGGAGGUGAAGGCGGGCCUUGCUCUGCAGCCUCAGGCCCUGGAGGUCUCCCUUGUGGACCGGCCCCUCACAGACCUUCUUUUCACCCAAUUCAUGGCUUCUGUCUCUGGGAAAGUCUACUGUUUAGCGUCCUGUGAUGACCUGUCGGUGACCCUGCAGCCAGUGAGUCGUCAGGGAGAGAGGAGGACGGUGGCUCUGUCCGGCAGCAGUGACACCCUCAGCUUCUCCUUUGACAAUGUCUUACCAGGGAAAUACAAAGUGAGUAUCCCUCAUGAGGAGUGGUGCUGGAAGCAUAAGUCCAUGGAGGUGGAGGUUCUGGACUCUGACGUUUCAGGGGUGGAGUUCAGACAGAUUGGCUACAUCCUGCGCUGCUCCCUUUCCCACGCCAUUACUUUGGAAUUCUUCCAAGAUGGCAGCAAACCUGAGAACGUCGGCGUGUACAACCUCUCUAAGGGAGUCAACCGCUUCUGCCUCUCCAAGCCUGGUGUUUACAAAGUCACCCCUCGGUCCUGCCACCAGUUUGAGCAGGAUUUCUACACCUACGAUACCUCGUCCCCCAGUAUCCUGACCCUCACCGCAGUUCGGCAUCACAUGACUGGGCUCAUCACCACCGACAAGAUCCUAGACGUCACAGUUACCAUCAAAUCAUCUAUUGAGAGUGAGCCGGCGCUGGUGCUGGGUCCUCUGCGGAGCCUGGAGGAGCAGAGGCAGGAGCAGCAGCUUCAAGAGAUCCAGCUGCGCCGUCAGGAGCGAGAGCGCCGCGCCGCUGAAGAGGACGGAGGUGCCCGAGACGAUAGCCCUCCUAUCCAAGAGAAGGCCGAUGAACUGACCGGCCCCUUCCACUAUGACUUCUCCUACUGGGCCAGGGCUGGAGAGAAGAUCACAGUCACACCCUCAUCCAAGGAACUGCUCUUCUACCCUCCUGAGGUAGAGGCCACUAUAUCUGGAGAGUCGUGUCCGGGUCGGCUUGUGGACAUCGCAGGGCGCGCAGGUCUCUUCCUGGAGGGCAAGGUGUCACCAGAGCUACAGGGUGUUGAGAUCUCCAUCACCGAAAGAGGAGCUGCUGCUCCACUCAUUAGUGUGGCGACUAAUGAGAUGGGAGCAUACAGUGUGGGUCCGCUCCACAGCGACCGGCAGUACAACAUCAGUGCCAGCAAAGAAGGUUUCGUCCUCAGCCCUGUGGAGGGAACCCUGGGAGAUUUCAAGGCGUUCGCUCUGGCUGGUGUCACCUUCAGGAUCAAAUCGGAGGAUGGUAUUCCCCUAUCAGGUGUCCUCCUGUCUCUGAGUGGAGGACAGUUCCGCUCCAAUCUGUUGACUCAAGAUACCGGCCUGCUCACUUUUAAUAACCUGAGUCCUGGUCAGUACUACUUCAAACCCAUGAUGAAGGAGUUCCGCUUUGAGCCGGUGUCUCAGAUGAUCACAGUGGAGGAAGGUGAAAACCUCAGUAUCGACAUAACGGGCGUUAAGACUGCUUACAGCUGCUACGGAGCGGUGCAGUCUCUGAGUGGAGACCCAGAGAGGGAUGUAGCUGUGGAGGCGGUGGGGCAGGGAGAGUGUAGCCUCUACAGCGAGGACACCGUCACCGAUGAGGAGGGUCGCUUCAGACUCAGGGGUCUGUUGCCAAGUUGCAAAUACCUAAUUCAGCUGCGAGCAGAAGGCAACGACCACAUAGAGAGGGCUUUACCACAGCACCGAACUGUAGAGGUCGGCACUAACGACAUUGACGGCGUCAACAUCAUCGCCUUCAGGCAAAUCAAUCAGUUUGACCUCAGUGGAAACGUCCACACGUCGCCUGAACAUCUCGCAACACUAUCGGUGAAGCUUUACAAAAGUGACAAUCUAGACAACCCAAUCAACAGCGUGUCUCUGGGACAGUCCCUCUUCUUCAACUUCCCUCCUCUGGACAGAGAUGGAGAGAGCUAUGUGCUGAUGCUCUACUCCACGCUGUCCCGCUCCCAGUUCGACUUCACUCUGCCUCAGGUCACCUUCACCUCCAAUGGCUACCACAAGCACAUCACCCUCACCUUCAACCCCACCCGUAAAGUGCCUGACCAGGAUGUUGCCCAGGGCUCCUACAUCGCUCUGCCCCUCACUCUGCUGCUCCUGUUGGCAGCAUACAACCACGAGAAGGUAAUCCCCCUCCUGCUGCAGCUGGUGAACCGUAUCCAGGGAGUGAGGAGCAUUGCCCAGGCCAGCGGAGACAACGCUGCUCUGGAUGAAGCCAAACGUCAGGCCAAGAGACAGAAGGCCAGGCGCACAUGAGGACACAACCACGGCUCGCAUUAGACCACGUCUUAGUACACUAAAUGGUACACUUGCAGCCAUGGUAACAGCCUCACGGAGCACUGCGUGGUUAGCUCUAACAGUAGACGCCGGUUCAUAUAAACCUCUUAAUGUUUGGAGUGGCUCAUUGUGGGUGCUGGUGAACUGUUUAGUGCACUAAGAUGUGAUUGGGCCCAGAGUGAAGCCCAACUAGAACCACUGGAUGCCCACUACCACCACCUCAUCAGCCAUUCAGAUUCACUGGACUGACUCUACAGGUUGUUUUCUUCUGGUUUUUUUUUUUUUUGGAACUCCAUAACUCUCAUUGUCUAAGGAACUUGUUAAUAUUUGUGAUAGAAUAUGAGCCAUUUUUAUACCUUUGUAAUUUAUCUUGGUCAAUUAAAAUCUUUUGCUUGUGUUUUAAAAGCACUUAAAUGCUUUUGAUAUCAGUUCUAACAUAGAUUAGGACUGUGAGGCACCGUGGAUGAUCGUGUGUCUCACCAGCAUUUGGGUCAAUUCAAACAAUACACAAAGAAGAUUUUCAUCAUAACUUCCAGUAUUGGAUAUCUAAAGUUUAAUAAACGGAUUACUGUGAAAUCAAAUGAGAAUCAAUACGAUUUUGAGCCUGUGAAAUGAACAGAAAUAUUUGUUUUGUAUUACUUUUUGCAUUAGUAAUUUGUAUAUGUUUAGAAAUAUAUUUAUUUUUAAACUUCCUUUCACAAGCUCUAAAUCCCUUUGACCUUCAUUUGAUAGUAAACUGAAUUGACUUAUAGAUGCCAUCACAAACGUGGGAUUGUGUAACUGCUGACUAAGAUUGAAAGACAGCCAAAGCCGUUGACGAGCUAAUAAAUGCUUUAUACCUUUGUCAUCAUGUCAUAUUACUUAAAUGUAAACACCCAACGAGUAACUGUAAUGCACUCCUCUUCUGAUGGUACUUUAUAAGCUCUUAAGUGUGAUGCAAGAUUGACUUUCUGUCAGUUUCAGCUCAGGAAAGUGGUGGUCGAUAGGAUGCUGGAAAAUUGGGUUUCAAUACUGUGUGAGGAGAAAAUUUGUUUUUUUUGCUGUGUGGGGGGGGGCAGGUAGGGAGCUAUAAUAGAUAGUUGAUUAAUUUAUUAACAUGUCUUAUCAGAUGUAUGUGAUAACCUAGUGUGUGUGCUGGGGAAUGUCUUUCAAAAGUGCUUUUUUUUUUUUUUUUGAAAGAUAUUCUAUCCAAUGAAGUUUGUGUGUCACGUUAGCAACGUAAGAUUUAGGAAGAUUGACAUCCACAGAAGGAAAAAUGAAUUAUAAUAUCUAUAAGUGUAUGUCAUGACCUUGAGUUAAACUUAGAAAGAUAAGACCAAAUGGUAAUUUCUUAAACUCAUUGUCUUACCCCUGAGCUGUUAAAUGCACUGUGAAAACUAUGGACCCCAAUCAUUUUUUGUAUUUAAUUCAUCUUCUCUCAGUUGUGGCUGACUUCGCUGAAAGAUGUAAAGGACACCAACUGUUUACGGAGUUAAAAGAUAUUCCAAUAAAUCUCCAUUUCUCGAUAGAUGAUUAAUUUGUUAGGGCGGGAGAGGGAGGAUGAGGAGGUGGGGUGUAAUUGUCAUUGUGUCAGAAUCUGUUAAUUUUUUUUGUUGAGAUAAUGAAUAAAGUUUGACUGG